CAUAUUCUUAGUUGUAAUUUUAUUUAUUGCAAAUGGAGAGUAUAUAUAUGUGUAAAGUAAUGACACUAUUGCAGUGAUUAUUCACCGAUCAAAGUGCUUUCUCAUAAUCACUGUCAGCCAAUCUGACAUAUUACCAAAAAAUUAAUUAUAAAAAUAUAAACAAAAUAAAAAAUAUCUAAAAUAUAUUUGUCAGUGUAAACAAAUAACAUAAAAUUGAAGUAUGAUUAAUUAGUAAUAUGUCUAUAAUCUAAAAUAGAAUCCUGUAAAAAAAAUAACAUAAAAAAAUAAGAAAAUGGCGUGGACGAAUUACCAAAAAUUUUUAGCUCUUCUUAUGGUCGUGACAGGAUCAUUUAAUACUUUGUCUGUCAAAUACUCAGACAGAUUAAUUGUACCUGGUGAAGAUGGACAGCCUAGACAUUUCAAUCAUCCAUUUAUACAGUCAAGUUUUAUGUUUUUAGGUGAAAUGUCAUGUUUAUUGAUUUUUAAACUCAUAUAUGUUUAUUAUAAUCGUCGCAAUGAUGGAUCAGUGGACAACAAUCGUCUGACAAAAGGAUCAAGAAAUUUUAAUCCGUUAAUAUUUGUAAUUCCCGCUUUAUGCGACAUGAUUGCAACAUCAAUAAUGUACGUUGGAUUAAAUCUGACAUACGCAAGUAGUUUUCAAAUGCUCCGUGGGUCAGUUAUUGUUUUUACUGGUAUUUUAUCAAUGGGAUUUUUGGACCGUAAACUCGGAUCACGAGAAUGGUCAGGAAUUGGUAUGGUGAUAUUUGGUUUAACUCUGGUGGGUGUAAGCGAUUUAAUAGUAACUGAACAAACGAUGGAUAGAAAUUCAAUUAUCACUGGUGAUUUAUUGAUUAUUUCUGCUCAAGUAAUAACAGCUGUACAAAUGGUAGUGGAAGAGAAAUUUUUAUCUGGAUUAGACAUUCCACCGCUUCAAGCUGUUGGUUGGGAAGGAGUUUUCGGUUUUAUAGGAAUAUUUUUAACUAUUAUUCCGUUUAAUUAUAUUAAAGCUGAUCCUCCAUUUGCUGAUAAUUCUCAGGGUACACUCGAGGCACCUAUCGAUGCAUUUAUUCAAAUUGGAAACAGCGGCAGACUCUUUAUGUCCAUCAUUGGUAUCAUGUUAAGUAUUGCAUUCUUUAAUUUCGCUGGCAUCAGCGUCACUAAAGAAAUGAGCGCUACGACGCGUAUGAUACUUGACAGUAUCAGAACAAUUACCAUCUGGAUAUUUUCAAUUAUAUUUCAAUGGCAAGAGCUACAUUACGUCUCUACUACGAUUCAAGUAUUUGGUUUCACCAUCUUAUUAAUUGGAACUUCAUUUUAUAAUAAUGUAUUAAUACCGCAAUUGUUAAGAAAAUGUCAAUCGCGACUUGGACGACACCGACCACCGCGUAAUGACGAAGUCAGAGUAAUUGACGCGGUAGCAGGAGAGCAAGAUGCUGAAGAGAAUCGAUAAAAUUAAUUAUAAGCAUGAAUUAUUUUUUAUCAUAAAAAAUGUAUUUUAUAUAAAUUAAAAUUUUAUAUAUUUAAUUAAUAAUUUUUAUGAAUUAAGACUGUAAUUGCAAAAUCUCUUAUUUUUAAUUAACUCGUGAUUCCAUUAAAUGAGAUUUAAUUUUUCCUGUCAGAUUAUUUUUGACUUUUUUUUCAAUUGAAAAAUUUUAUGCUAAUUGAUAAAAAUGUUAUAUUUUUUUAGUGAACUGAAAUAAAAAAUAAAACUCAAAAUUUAAA